AUGAUUUGUUUGCGACUGCUCAUAGCUUUAGGAUUGAUUGCGUUGGCAAUCGCCAUUCCCGUUGAUAACGGGGUUGAGGGUGAACCAGAAAUUGAGUGCGGUCCCGUCUCAGUGACUGUUAACUUCAACACUCGAAAUCCUUUCGAAGGACAUGUCUAUGUAAAAGGACUCUAUGAACAGGACGAAUGUCGAAAGAGUGAACAUGGUCGACAAGUAGCUGGUAUUGAACUACCGUUCGAUACUUGCAAUGUGGCACGAACAAGAUCACUAAAUCCCCGCGGAGUAUACGUUACGACCACCGUUGUUAUUUCAUUCCAUCCACUGUUCGUGACCAAGGUGGAUCGCGCCUAUCGCAUACAAUGCUUCUAUAUGGAAGCCGACAAGACUGUUUCGACGCAAAUCGAAGUUUCCGAGAUUACGACCGCAUUCCAAACACAAGUCAUACCGAUGCCAAUUUGCAGAUAUGAGAUUCUUGAUGGAGGACCAACCGGAGAACCAGUACAAUAUGCUGAGAUCGGUCAGCAAGUAUACCACAAAUGGACUUGUGAUUCUGAGACAGUUGAUACGUUCUGUGCUGUUGUGCAUUCGUGUACGGUCGAUGAUGGAAAGGGUGAUACCAUCGAGAUACUGAAUGCAGAUGGAUGUGCUCUCGACAAAUACGUUCUCAAUAAUCUCGAAUAUCCCACUGAUCUCAUGGCUGGACAGGAGGCUCACGUCUAUAAAUACGCCGAUCGUUCACAGCUCUUCUACCAAUGCCAAAUUUCGAUUUCAAUUAAAGAACCGAACUCAGAAUGCGCACGACCACAGUGUGCUGAACCAAGCGGUUUUGCCGGAGGAGUUGCACCAGCAGCCGGAGCUGCACCAGCACAACUUCGACUGUUGAAGAAGAGGCAGGCUGGUUUCGGUGACAAUACACUGGACGUUCGAACAGACAUCAGCACAAUCGAUAUAUCUGAUCAGGCGUCAGCCCUACCAGCUGAGUUCCAACAUCGUGUCCUACAUGACGCCGGUAGCAAGGUGAUCUUCCAACGAAUGUACAACGGUGUCUGCAUGUCACCGCUGAUGAUUGUGUUGAUUGCUGCAGCUGCAGUGGCUGUUACCGCCAUAUUCGCAUCUUGUUUCUUUAGUUCACCCAAAAAAGUCUAA